AUGGUUCUCUACAUGCACGGAUGCAACAUCAGCACCACGGCCAGCUCCCUCUCCAGCUCCAGCCUCAGCAUCGACUCCACCCCGCGGGGCUCCACGGUUCCCCAGGCCCCCCACGGCGGGCUGAGCCGGAGCGGACACACGGUGGUGGCGGUAUGCCUCGGCUUCAUCUUAGUGGCGGGAAUCCUCGGCAACUUCCUCGUUCUUCUCGUCUUUGUAAAGUUUCGCGCCCUCCGGACGCCCAUCAAUCUCAUCCUGUUGAACAUCAGUUUGAGCGACAUUCUCGUCUGCGUUUUCGGGACACCGUUCAGUUUCGCUGCGAGUCUGCAGGGCAGGUGGCUCAUAGGGGAGUACGGCUGCAAGUGGUACGGCUUCGCAAACUCUCUCUUUGGGAUCGUGUCCCUGGUGUCUCUGUCAGUCCUCUCCUAUGAGCGCUACACCACCGUGCUGCAUUCCUCUAGGGUCGACAUCGCAGAUUUCAGGAAGGCCUGGCUCUGCAUUGGGGGCUCCUGGCUCUACUCUCUCCUCUGGACCCUCCCACCCCUCCUGGGCUGGAGCAGCUAUGGACCCGAAGGAUCCGGCACCACAUGCUCCGUCCAGUGGCACCUCCGCUCACCCAUUAGCAUCUCGUAUGUGCUGUGUCUCUUCAUCUUCUGUCUGCUGCUGCCUCUCCUGCUCAUGAUUUACUCCUACGGGCGAAUCCUAGUGGCGCUCAGGAGGGUGGGUAAGAUCAAUCUGCUGUCAGCUCAGCGCAGAGAGCAGCACAUUUUGAUGAUGGUGUUGUCCAUGGUGUCCUGCUUCAUCCUGUGCUGGAUGCCCUACGGGAUCAUGGCACUCAUGGCCACCUUCGGUAGGUCUGGGCUGGUCACUCCCAUGGCGAGUGUGGUGCCCUCCAUCCUGGCUAAGUUUAGCACUGUGGUCAACCCCGUCAUCUACGUGUUCUUCAACAGCCAGUUCUACAGGUGCUUUGUGGCCUUGGUGAAGUGCAGCAGGGAACCAGAGUCCAUUCAAGCAGAGGAUCCUCAAACUCCAAGAACACAGUUCUCUGGUUUCUUCCCCUUUCACAGACAACCUUCCCUCAGCUCUUCACAACGUCACAUCCUCUGCAGCCGCCACAAUCAUCGCCACACUCUUGUCGUCCACUACACUCCAUAA